AACGAGGUCGAAGUGUAAACAAACCUGUUGCUACUGAUAAGUAUACCAUAUUAUACAUUUGAUAUUUCUUUCACAUUGGCUUUAUGUAGAUAAUAAAGCAAAUUAAAGACAUUUAAAACCCUCUCAUGAUGACAUCUAACCCCAAAGUUAUUAUUUUCACUAAAUAUCCAGGUGUUAUAUAGAUCAGCAAUGUCUGCAAUCGUGAUUUAACUCCUUGAAAACGUUUUCAAAAGCUGAUCAUGAGAGCAGACUGCUUGUCGUUCAUCCCUGCCGGCCACUCUGCAGGUCUGCCGGCUGAGAGGGAUCGAGGGCUCGGAAGGGAUUAAUCACGGCAACCUCGCCAACAAGCUUUUUUCCGCCUGUAGACCAAUUACAUAACCGUAUUAUACAAUAAAUACAUCUCCAGUUAACCGCAAAUAGCGGUGACAUCGGGGAGGAAGUUAGUCAGCGCGCAGUGAAAGGGGCUCGUUUUGCUCGGAGGGCGUCCUCGGAGGAGUGCGUCCCCAUCUGCCCCCGCUGGCACUGUACUGGUGGCACUUCUCAUCUUCUUCCUCCUCCUCCUCUUCCUUCUGCUCUUCCUUGUGUUUCUGCAGCGCCGAGGGGAAUAGCUGGAAUGAAAGUCAAGGUCCAGUGAGGCCGGCCGCGCAAGACGCGCCCACUCUUGGCGGCGCUGCGCACUCCUCCUUGGGAAAAAGAGACCUGCGCCGAUCCAAGUCUCGGCCGCGCAUCCACAGAGGGGUUUUCAUGGGAAGGACACGGCCAGUCCGCUCCUGAAAAGCUCGGCGUGAACACGUAGUGGCGCAGAAAUGGCCCUGCAUAAGAUUUUUCGUGCUGUCAUAAUGGGACCUCCCGGCUCGGGGAAGGGAACGGUGUCUGCGCGCAUCACCAAAACUUUUGGGCUAAAGCACAUUUCCAGUGGGGACAUUUUGAGGGCCAACAUCAACGCCAAAACCGAACUCGGCCUGCUGAUGAAGUCCUGCAUCGACCAGGGUCAGCUGGUACCCGAUGACGUCAUGUCUCGUCUCAUCCUGAGUGACCUGAGAGCUCUGGACCAAAGCAGCUGGCUGCUUGACGGCUUUCCUCGUACUGUAUCCCAGGCGGACGCUCUGGAUAAAGCCUACAGUGUGGACACGGUCAUCAACCUCAACGUACCUUUCCAUACCAUCAAACAGAGGCUGACCUCUCGCUGGACUCACCUUCCCAGCGGCAGAGUUUACAACGUAGAUUUCAACCCGCCUAAAGUCCCUGGUUUGGACGACGUAACAGGGGAGCCUCUGGUGCAGAGGGACGAUGACACACCGGAGACGGUCACGCGGAGACUGAAAGCCUACGAGACCCAGACAGAGCCGGUCUUAGAGUACUACAGGAGCAAAGGUGUGCUGCACAGCUUCUCUGGCACGGAGACCAACAAGAUCUGGCCGCACGUCGAGGCUUUCCUCCACAGUAAACUCUCCUCCGUCAACCGGACAGUCUCGUAGAAAAACCAGAUCAGAACGGCACAAGAAGGGUUCGAGUUUACCAGAAGAAACCACUUUGUACACAGCCAUCGAUCAGGUGACACUUUCUGUGAAACAUCUGUGUGAUAACAUGUUCAGAAAAAAAGCAGGAAGCUCAUACAAUUUGUGUUGGGAAGCAAUAGUAAGACUACAUAUGCUGUGGGGGGAAAAACUCUCAGGAUGGGUGAAUUAAAUCCUUUAAUAUUAGUUAUUGUAUUUGAUAAAAGAAAGAUUUUCUCUUCGUUCCAUGAUGUGCCUUUAAAAAUGUGGGAGUAGUCACUGAAUCUAGUGUCAAAUAUCAAGAUAUGUGAAGAUUUAUAAGAAGAUUGGAAGAGCUGUUCUGGCUCGUCCUCUCUGGUCGAGUGCAGCCACCCUGAAGAAGUGGAGCUGAGUACUGUAUGCAUUUUUAAUUGUUUUCUUUCGUAAUUGCAAUCACGUCUUAGUAGAACGGGCACAAACAACAAGGUAUCUUGAGACUUGAAAUAAGAGGCUUUUUUCAUCAGAAACCACUUUGAAAGCAAUAUUCUGUGGAGAUAACUGCCCCAAUAUGGCUUUGGGACUGUUUCUUAUGCAGCGGGUUUUAAAAGACCAUAUUCACGCAGCAGCUGUUUUCUUCUGACGUACAGUAGGUUCAGGUUUGGGAAGCUCGAAGGCUAAGAUAAUUUUAUGGCACUUUCUUGAUAUAAAUGUAGGGAAUCUGACGAACUUUUACAAUUUCACCCCAACUGAAAUAUUGGAUAUUGAAAAUCAGGAGGGACGUCGGGCCAAACUUCAAGGUAAAAUAACAUAUUUGAUAACCAAGCUAACGUUGGCAUUUAACCACUUCCAAGCAAACAUUACUUGUUUGAUUACAUCCAGUGUUUUUAGUUCCAGGCUUAAAUAAAUGUGUCCAAGUUUAAUUUACCGCUUACCACUGUACCAGUUCAUUGUACUGUGUGACAUUGUCAAAAGGUUAUGUUAGCAAGGACUUGGUUGGAUGCUCAUGUUAGCUGCGGUCUACAGGAAAGCUAGCGGUCAUCAAAUGACGUUUCACUUUGAAGUAUGGCCUCGUGUCCUUGAAUUUUACUAUCUGUUGUCUUUUCCAGUGCUGACUGAUGACCAAGUGAUGUAUUAUAAUAACUUGUCAGAUUUCCCAUGUUUGAAUUGCAAGCAUCAACAUUUUAGCUUUCCACACUGAGCACGUUGUCAGAGGAAAAUGGCCGCCAUGUGAGUACGGUCUAUAACCCUAAAGGGAACUGUGCCAUGUUUUAUAGAGUAAGUUCACUUUUGCACUUCAGUGCCUCUUUUUUAAAAAUGUACCUGGUAGCUCUGUGAAUGUAGUUUGUAAAUUAUUUUUAUGAAUAUGGACCACUAAGUAAAUAAACUGACCACACUAAUAUAUGAGUAGUUUGGAUUUUCAACUAUGCCACCACUGUGUGACAGCUUCUUUCAGCCACCUCAAGUCUUAAUAGUGUUGCCUUUUGAAGUACAUCACAUUGUUUUCCAUUUUAAGCAGGCAUUCCUUGUUUUGAAGUUUAGAAACGCAGACUGAUAUUUGCCAUCUCAUGUGACUUGACAACUGAAAACUCUGUUGAGAAAUAUAUUAACUUGACACAUUCAGAGCAGUUUGUCAUCCGGCUAGAUGAUUUCACAACAUUCAAGGUUGGGCUGCAGUUGUGUGUUUCUGCACUCUGUCUGAAGAAUGUCUCACCACAUUAAAAAGCCACAGAAAUGCUAACCGGCAUUACAGUGUACUGUGGACUGAAGCAGUGAAUGUUUCCUGAACUGUACCAUUUUAUAAACGAUAUUUCAAACAUGUCUCCUUUUCAUGGACAAAUUACAACUGUGUCAUGAGUAUUUAUUCUGUAGCACAAUAAACUUCUGAUUCUAUUCAA